UUCGGCUGGGUGUGUUGUGUUGGAGUUUAAACUUUGGACCCUGUGGAGAAGAGCUGGAAGAUAGACACCAUUCUCGUCCUGAACAAAGCAAAUUAGAUAUUUUGACUGGAUUGCCAAAGCUGUUUUGAUUGUCAUCCACUUAGAGAAAUAAUGGACCCUAACCCAUAUCAGGGUUGUGAUGGUAUUGAGUUGCUCGACUGGCUCUUUGACCAGAACAAUGGGAUCCUCCGUCAUGAAGAAACUGCUCACCAUGGAAACCACCAUAGUUGGCACAUGCAGGACCCAAGUAUGCUGCAGCCUUCUGACCAGACCGAUGAAGAAUUCCUCACUGCUCUUCUCAGUGGAUCUGACUCCGUCCCGGGCUCCCCUCUCUGGUCGCCCUCCCACAGUGAUAGUGGCAUCAGUGAAGACCCACAUUCGGACCACAUGGACAGUCCUCUGAGAGCUGAGAGUCCCCCUGGUGGAGAAAUGCAGUAUUACAGUCAUGACAUACAUACCAAAGCAGCCCUGAAAGCAAAUGUAGUCAAUGGCUGGGACCAGAGUUUCCCAAAUGGAGGACUAGGAAUUACACAGUACCCUCCUGAUGUCAACAGAAGCCAGAUAUCCUCCGGCACUGCUCUCACUGUCAAGGACCUCCUGCUAUCAGGCACUCCGGAUCCACUCCCGCAGCCCUCGCAACAAUCCAUUCAGGAGUUGGUUCUCAACGAAGAUGAAAGGAAACUGCUCGCAAAGGAGGGGGUGACUCUGCCCAGCCAACUACCACUGACAAAGUAUGAGGAAAGAAUUCUGAAGAAAAUACGCAGAAAAAUACGCAAUAAGCAGUCUGCACAGGAGAGCCGCAAGAAGAAGAAGGAGUACAUAGAUGGACUGGAGAGCAGAAUGGCUACCUGCAAUGCACAUAACCAGGAGCUUCAACGAAAAGUUUCCCAACUUGAAAAAUGCAACAUGUCUCUGAUGGAACAGCUGCGCAGACUGCAGGCACUGGUUAUGAACACAUCGAACAAGCCAGCCCAGGCGGGAACAUGUGUUUUGGUGCUCGUGCUGUCCUUCUCCCUAAUCCUGUUUCCUAGCCUCAAGACAUUUUCCUCUACCAAGGUCACAGAAGGGGACUUCAGUCCAGUCAGAAUCCAGUCACGGUCCCUCCAGAAUCUGCAGGCAUCUCGUGUGCUGCACGUCACUGACCCACAAUACACCAUGGAAGAUGAAUUGGAGUCUGUUCUACCACGUCGCCGUUUCCAUGGAGACGAGCCACUGGACCACGUCAACUCUUUGAUGGAAAAACUAAGCAUGCACAACAAUGAUGAGCGCCACCCAGAGCCUAUCUCCCUGAACAGCACAGGUGAGGAAGGUCAUUUCCACGUGGACCCUAUCACCGGCCACAUAGCCACCGUGACUCUGGACCCACAUCGCCCCACCAGGCUGCGACCUCACGCUGACGACAUGUGAGAGAAGAAAUCCUAUGAUAGAGCAAGGGACUAUGUGUUGUAUACUUACAUAUACAUAUUUUUUGUUCAGUUUUAAUCAUAGGAAUAAAAGGAAAGUAUGUAACACAGAAGCUGUGCUCGCCAGUGGUGUAAUAGUUUAAAUUGUUUAAAUGCCUCUAUACCCUGUUUCCCCACUUCAUGCUACAGCUGUCAAAAAAAAACAAAAAAGAAAUAGAAAAAAAAACUUGAAAGCUGUUUUUUAAUUGGUUGUAUGUUUUGUAAACAUUUAUUUUUUGGGACUAAAGCAAUCUUUUCUUUCUGAUUUGAAUGUAAAAUUCUGUUUGUAUAUAGAAAUAGUUCCAUCUGUUCUUUAUUCUUCUUUCCUACAGAACUCCACAUACACACAGUAGUUUUUGUAAAUAGAAAAAUAGGUCUUUUGUAGCUUUCCAAUAAUAAUAAUUUCAUUGGAUGUAACGUCUCAUUUAUGACUUAGACAAAACAUUUCAAUACUGAUUAUGGAAUUUCAAAAGAUUACACAGAAAAACCUAAAUUCUAAAUCAUCAUAAUAUCUGAAGUUAAGGUGUAAGAAACAUAACAGUACUUAUUAUCAGAUACCUACUGCGAGAAGUACAAUUUCUUCUAUUCAAUUCAUUUCAUUUAUUUUUGUAACGCCCAAAAUCACAACAACAGUUGUCUCGAAGGGCAUUCAUGUUUUGGUUGAUGGGGGAAACCGGAGUACCCGGAGGAAACCCAUCCAGACACGGGGAGAAACAUGAAAAACUCCUCACAGAAAGGCCUGGGCGACCCGGGGAUCGAACCAAACCUUCUUGCUGUGAGGCAUAAGUGUUGCCACUCAGCCACCGUACUGCCUACACACAAAAACAAAACAACAGGAAAAAUCAGACAAAACAAUAAAAAUAGAGGUAAAUGAGACUUCUACCCAUGACAGCAUCUGAAAUGUGUUUUUAAAGUGUCUUGUUUCUUCUUUAGUUAUAUAUAUAUAUAUUAGUGAUACUAUUUUGUAUUCAGUGCCAGAUUUGGAUCUUCCGCUAAAAUUGCUUGUUGUCAUGAACUGUUUGCUUUGGUGCUGAUAAAAUGCCAGUGUGACAGUGUUGGAGACUGUUGCUCACUAAAUAACCCUGUGAUGACAUGCACACUCGUGAUUUCAAUGUAAAAUUUGGCAAUAUCACUUCCAACAGCAUAUUUUUCAGUAAUUAUGUUUUUUUUUUGUAUUUGUCACUUUGCUCCUUC